AUGGAAGAGAAGGCCCUCCUCAUCGGCCGCAGUCGGUUAUCUCGUACCGCAAUCGUUAACCGCCAGAUCAAGUGGUAUCAAAUCAGAGAAGCGUUGGUUGAUCCUCGAGUUUGGAUCCUAUUCUUUUUCAUGCUUAUAUAUCUUAUAUUGGGGUAUUGUUCGCCCAUUACAUCGUCGGGGCCCCUUCAAAUGCCUGCUACCAACUUGGGUGGAUACGCAAAGCGCACCACCAGCGUGGCGAUGGCCCUGUUCGCCGUUAGCACGCGCGAGACUCUCAGGAAUAGCAUUUUAUUCUCAGCUCCCGGAUGCUGUGGAUGUCCGGUCAUAGUCAACAAUGACAUGGCUGCAACGGUGUCAUGGAUAGAUGUUUUAUGCCCUCUACACUCCCUCUAA